AUGACCAAAAUGGCUUUGCGUUUAGUCAACGCGGUCGCAAGCUUGUCGUGUCGGCCGAUUGGCGACAAGCAAGUCGUCACUUUUGCUGGUAUGGGCCCACCCGUGAUGCUAAUUUGUACUCCCACUCCUCACCUUUUGUCCCACCGCCUGUCUGUAUCGGUACAGUACGACUUGCUGAGCACGAAGAAGACGAGCAGAAGAGAGACCGACGGUGUGAUCGGUACUUUUCAGGCUGUAAAGAGAACAUACUAUUUGCCAACGCUUCGAGUUGACGUACCGGGACCCGGAGUCUGGGCCGGACUGAUCUGA